CCUCCCCACCCCCCUCCUCCCUCCUUUGCCCCCGCCCCCUCCUCCCUCCUGGGGCGAGGGGGCCUCCCUCCCUCUCCCCCCCUUCUCUCUCUCUCCGAGGGGGGGGGGUCCCGGGGAGGGAGGGGGGGGACCCCCGAUCAGCAUGUGGCUCCUGGCGCUGUGUCUGGUGGGGCUGGCGGGAGCUCAACGGGGAGGAGGGGGUCCCGUCGGUGGCGGCGCCCCGGGCGGCCCGAGCCCGGGCCUCGGCAGCCUCGGGGAGGAGCGCUUCCCGGUGGUGACCACGGCCUACGGGCGAGUGCGCGGCGUGCGGCGCGAGCUCAACAACGAGAUCCUGGGGCCCGUCGUGCAGUUCUUGGGCGUGCCCUACGCCACGCCGCCCCUGGGCGCUCGCCGCUUCCAGCCGCCCGAGGCACCCGCCUCGUGGCCCGGCGUGCGCAACGCCACCACCCUGCCGCCCGCCUGCCCGCAGAACCUGCACGGGGCGCUGCCCGCCAUCAUGCUGCCCGUGUGGUUCACCGACAACCUGGAGGCGGCCGCCACCUACGUGCAGAACCAGAGCGAGGACUGCCUGUACCUCAACCUCUACGUGCCCACCGAGGACGGUCCGCUCACAAAAAAACGUGACGAGGCGACGCUCAAUCCGCCAGACACAGAUAUCCGGGACUCCGGCAAGAAGCCCGUGAUGCUGUUUCUGCACGGCGGUUCCUACAUGGAGGGCACUGGGAACAUGUUCGACGGCUCCGUCCUGGCCGCCUACGGCAACGUCAUCGUGGCCACGCUCAACUACCGGCUGGGCGUGCUGGGUUUCCUCAGCACUGGCGACCAGGCUGCAAAAGGCAACUAUGGGCUCCUGGACCAGAUCCAGGCCCUGCGCUGGCUCAGUGAAAACAUCGCCCACUUCGGGGGUGACCCCGAACGCAUCACCAUCUUUGGGUCCGGGGCGGGGGCCUCCUGUGUCAACCUUCUGAUCCUCUCCCACCAUUCGGAAGGGCUGUUCCAGAAGGCCAUCGCCCAGAGCGGCACCGCCAUUUCCAGCUGGUCUGUCAACUACCAGCCACUCAAGUACACGCGGAUGCUGGCGGCCAAGGUGGGCUGUGACCGCGAGGACAGCGCCGAGGCUGUGGAGUGUCUGCGCCGGAAGCCCUCCCGCGAGCUGGUGGACCAGGACGUGCAGCCCGCCCGCUACCACAUCGCCUUCGGGCCCGUGGUGGACGGCGACGUCGUCCCGGAUGACCCUGAGAUCCUCAUGCAACAGGGGGAGUUCCUCAACUACGACAUGCUCAUCGGCGUCAACCAGGGCGAGGGCCUCAAGUUCGUGGAGGACUCCGCGGAGAGCGAGGACGGCGUGUCAGCCAGCGCCUUCGACUUCACCGUCUCCAACUUUGUGGACAACCUGUAUGGCUACCCCGAGGGCAAGGACGUGCUGCGAGAGACCAUCAAAUUCAUGUACACGGACUGGGCCGACCGGGACAAUGGUGAGAUGCGGCGGAAGACCCUGCUGGCGCUCUUUACUGACCACCAGUGGGUGGCACCAGCCGUGGCCACCGCCAAGCUGCACGCCGACUACCAGUCCCCCGUCUACUUCUACACCUUCUACCACCACUGCCAGGCCGAGGGCCGGCCCGAGUGGGCAGACGCGGCGCACGGGGACGAGCUGCCCUAUGUCUUUGGCGUGCCCAUGGUGGGUGCCACCGACCUCUUCCCCUGCAACUUCUCCAAGAAUGAUGUCAUGCUCAGUGCCGUGGUCAUGACCUACUGGACCAACUUCGCCAAGACUGGCGACCCCAACCAGCCUGUGCCACAGGACACCAAGUUCAUCCACACCAAGCCCAACCGCUUCGAGGAGGUGGUGUGGAGCAAGUUCAACAGCAAGGAGAAGCAGUACCUGCACAUCGGCUUGAAGCCCCGCGUGCGCGACAACUACCGCGCCAACAAGGUGGCCUUCUGGCUGGAGCUGGUGCCCCACCUGCACAACCUGCACACGGAGCUCUUCACCACCACCACGCGCCUGCCCCCCUACGCCACGCGCUGGCCGCCGCGCCCCCCGCCCGGCGCCCCAGGCACGCGCCGGCCCCCGCCACCCGCCACCCUGCCGCCCGAGCCUGACCCCGAGCCGGGCCCGCGGGCCUAUGACCGCUUCCCCGGGGACUCCCGGGACUACUCCACGGAGCUGAGCGUCACCGUGGCUGUGGGCGCCUCCCUCCUCUUCCUCAACAUCCUGGCCUUCGCCGCCCUCUACUACAAGCGGGACCGGCGGCAGGAGCUGCGGUGCAGGCGGCUCAGCCCGCCGGGGGGCUCGGGCUCCGGCGUGCCCGGGGGCGGCCCCCUGCUCCCCGCCACCGGCCGCGAGCUGCCACCCGAGGAGGAGCUGGUGUCCCUGCAGCUCAAGCGGGGCGGCGGCGUCGGGACGGACCCUGCCGAGGCCCUGCGCCCCGCCUGCCCGCCCGACUACACCCUGGCCCUGCGCCGGGCGCCGGACGACGUGCCUCUCCUGGCCCCCGGGGCCCUGACCCUGCUGCCCAGCGGCCUGGGGCCCCCGCCGCCCCCUCCACCCCCCUCCCUCCACCCCUUCGGGCCCUUCCCCCCGCCGCCCCCCACCGCCGCCAGCCACAACAACACGCUACCGCACCCCCACUCCACCACGCGGGUAUAGGGGGCGGCUUGGGGAGGCCCCCCUCCCCGGCCCUCCAGGCCACCCCGAAGGCAGGGAGGAGGACCUGGCGACAGGCUCUUCCCGCUGGAGCCGUCUCGCGUCGAGGAGCCUUAGGUGGCCAUGGGUCUCCUCAGUGGGAUCCGAGUUUCUCCCACGCAGAGAGGCACCUGGGCCUUUGGACAACUGGGGGUGUUUUUUGGCCCCUCCAUCAGGGCGCCAGUCUUCGGUGGGUGGAAACGGGGAAUUAUUUUCCCACGUGGAGGUGCGCGUUCUCACCAGGGGGUGUUUUCCCAUGUGCAGGGUAAGGUUUUUUUUUUGCCACCCUGGACACAUGUUGGCCCCCUCAAAGAAUUUCUGCAGGGGUGUGUACCCCGUAAUCCUGUUCCCUCAUGCCUUCUCCCACCUCGUCCCCCACCCAGCCCUAUGGAGACCCUGGAAGCGGUGUGUUCACAGACAGUGACCCUUGGCCACCAGACAACACAGCAAGAACCCCACAGCCCCCUCUCCUCCCCCCCAGCAAAGCAUGUUUACCCCCCGCGGCACAGGUCAGGCCAAGCACAUUCCCCAGGUAGGUGCCCACCUUCCACAGAUGGCAGACACAGGUUUCCUGCAGGGGGGAGGGUGCAGAUCCGUGCACCCCUGUGCUGCCCGGGAACUUGUUUUCCCCAUGGGUCCAGGACAUGCUGCUCUGAGUGGACACAUGUUCUUGCAUGUGGAUGCGUGUUUUCCCAUGCAGACAGCCCCUUUCCUCCCAGUGCACCCCCCACCUCCCUGGCCCAGCACUUGUUUCUCCCCAUGUGGCAGGUGGGAACAGACUGAAAACAGAAGCUGAGGGGGAUGGACAGAUCCAGGGGGAAGGCUCUGGCCCUCCUGCCCCCAGAGAUGCUGAGUUGGGGAUGGGGGGGGGCAAAGUCCACCCACAGAGGCCAUGCAUGUUUGACCAAACUCCUCACUCCAGUCCCUGGACAGCCUUUCCCUCAGACCAUUGCUCAUCUAUGCCAAACUGGGAAGGUGGGUUUGAGGGGGUGGGGGUAAGACCCUUUUCCAAAAUGUGCCAAGGAUUCCCCGGUCCUGGGCUAGGUCAGGGGACACAUUGGGGGCUGCUGGGAUCUGGGCAGGGGUGGGGGGUGGCAGUUAAGGGAGCCCAGCCUGUGCCUCUCUUCUCACUCUAUCUUGUUCCUUCCUCUCUGCCUCAGUUUCCCAUUCUCCUCCAUCUCUGUCUCCCUAUCUCAGUGUCAGAUCAACUUCCCCACAGCUGACCUCACCCCACCUUCUUGCCUACUCUUCCCCGGUCUCUCAGCUGCCAGGACUCCAGGCAAGGGGAGGGGAAGAGAGAAGAGAGCUUUCCCCGGAGGGGUUGAGGAGAGAAUGAGGUCAGCCUCCAGGGGAGCAGGUGGAAGGGGCAGUAGGAGGGGGCUCAGGCACAAGAAUUUGAAAGGAACCGUGUGAAGUAACUGCCCGGAGGGAACCUGUGGGGAAAGACUGAGUCUCUGGGGCAGAGAACAAUGUCUGAUGUCCGGGAGGGCUUUGAGGGGCACCAGUGGAGGAGGAGAGAACCCUUGUCUGCUGGCCCUUUGUGGGGUGUGAGUGCCAAACUUGAGUAGGGGCUGGGGUGCUGCUUCCCACUGACACCCAAAUCCAAAGUCCCUGGUCUUGACUCCCCAGAACGUUGCCUCCCGACAGUCCCUGGCCCUUCCUCCCUCCACCCGUGGAAACUUAGUUCUUUUCUGUCCCCUUCCUCUGCCUGGACUAGCUCCACUCCGAGCAGUCACACCCUCCAAAUGCUAGGGCUCUGGGCCCUGAACCCUGGAGACAGAUGCCCCCUGAACUGGGACAUGGGAGAGGGGCUGGGGGACCCCAUGAUUCAGCCACGGACUCCAAUGCCCAGCCCCUCUCCCCAGAGCAAUUCCCUGAUGAUCCCAUGUCCCCCCACCCCAAUCCUUUGCGGCUCUGUACACAUUUUUAAAUCUGGCAAAAGAUGAAGAGAAUAUUGUAAAUAUAAAAGUUUAACUGUU